CCCAUUAUUAACAGGCGACAUGAUAAACCUACUCCCUUUUCGCAACUCCCAAAAAAGUACACUCUUUUGUCUUUUCCCUUUUCCACAGCGGAAUGUUCAUUCAGAUGCAGGCCUAAAUUCCCAUUUUUGCAGAUUGUGUAUAUCGCAGUCAUGAUCCAUGAAGUCCUGAGAAUCUCCACGUUGACUUGAAUUGCUUGCAGGUUAAUAUAUUGGCCAAUUUGAGGUGGCUUCAGGACUUCAUUCUGAGAUGGAGCAUUUGUCGAAGUCUGACGAUACUUUGGUGGAUCAGAAUGAUCAACCGUCCACGGAAACUCCAGCGUAUUCGACUAUGAGUACUGAUUCAGCCGCAGCAUUUUUUCGUACUAACUCCGACACUUCAGCAUUUUCGGAGACUGUAGAUGAUAGUAGCUACUCUAGCGAACCUUCUCCUUUGCACUGGCCGGUUGUGAAAUCCGGACGUCAAAACAAUCUCGUCCUUGGCAGGGUAGGCAUGAAGCAACACAAGCAUGACAUGAACGAAAACGAUGACGACUUAGAGUGUGUAGAUCCAGAACUCGAGAUGAUGAAGGAGCGGUUCGCAAAGAUUUUGCUCGGUGAAGACAUGUCUGGGGGAGGGAAAGGCGUAUGCACUGCUGUUACAAUCUCCAAUGCCAUCACAAACCUUUACGCUACCGUAUUUGGGCAGAAAUUGAGAUUAGAGCCCCUGAAUCAAGAGAACAAGGCAAUGUGGAAAAGAGAAAUGAAUUGUCUACUCUCGGUUUGUGAUUAUAUGUUAGAAGUCACCGCUUCCACACAGGAACUACGAGACGGGACAUCGGUUCAGGUGAUGACAAGUACACCAAGACCAGACAUUUAUGUUAAUCUCCCCGCAUUGCAGAAGCUCAAUGCGAUGCUUUUGGACAUAUUGGAUAGCUUCCAGGAGACGGAAUUCUGGUACGUAGAAAAAGGAAGCAUGUCAUCAAAUUCGAUCGGUUCAGGGUCAUUUGGGAGAGUUGCUCAGCUGAAUGAGGAGAAAUGGUGGCUGCCGGUUCCAUGUGUGCCUCCUGACGGCCUCUCUGAAGAAUCGAGAAUGAACCUGAGGCACAAGCGUGACUGCGCCAAUCAGAUUCAUAAAGCAGCCAUGGCAAUCAAUAGCAAUAUUCUUGCCGAGAUGGAUAUCCCAGAAGGCUACAUGGCUAGUCUUCCAAAAACUGGCAGAGAAAGCCUUGGAGACACAAUUUACCGCUAUAUAUGCACACCAGAGAAAUUCUCCCCUGAUUACCUCCUUGACCGCCUAAGCAUAACAUCUGAACACGAAGCGCUUGAUCUUGCAAACAGAGUCGAGGCUUCCAUGUACACGUGGAGGCGUAAAUCGUGCAUAAACCAUUCAAAAUCAUCGUGGAACUUGGUAAAGGACUUCAUGGCUGACACUGAGCGGAGCGACAAGAAUCACAACUUGGCAGAGAGAGCUGAGAGCUUACUCUUUUGCCUGAAGCAAAGGUACCCUGGGCUUUCACAGACAAGCUUGGACACAUGGAAGAUUCAAUAUAACCAGGAUGUGGGGCAAGCAAUUUUAGAGAGCUACUCAAGAGUGCUUGAAGGUCUAGCAUUCAACAUUGUUGCUCGGAUUGAGGAUGUACACAAUGCAGAUGGUGCUUGACUGUCGAGCGUCCUACACUGUUGCUCUGAUCGACAAUAUACUCAGUGGCAUACAGAUAGCUUGUUAGAACUCAUCAACAGUAGAGAUGUUUGCGAAGAGUUUGACAUCAAGGUUGAUAGAUGGGAACUUGCUAGUUGCUACCCGGCUGCAAAUUUCUGCAGAAGCAUUAUGUUUUCUAACUACUCCUCAGCAUUAAAGGACCAAAGGGUUUCUUUUCGCAUUCUUGGAUGACAAGAAUAUUUCACAUUCGUGCCUGCAUUUUGAUAAUCUCGGUCGUUUCCCUCCA